AUGGAAGACAUAAAAAUAAGUUAUGAAGAAAAAGAGAAACUUCACAAAGCUUUCAGACAACAUGAAUUUCGAAUAUUAUUUGAUGAAUAUUUUGACGAAAUAUCAAAUGAAAAAUAUCGAAAAGAAAAAGAAGAUUAUUUAUUAAGUUUAUAUUUUAAAGGCGAGUUAAAAAAAGAUCAAAUAAUAAUUCAACCUAAAGAAGCCUUUUGUAUUAAAACAAAGAUUCUUUAUUCUAAUCAAACAAGUCAAAAAAUAUUUUUAAAUAUUUGUACUCAUGAAGGUAUUCAAAAUAUAUGUUUUGAAAAUGCUGGUAGUGGUUCAGUGGGUAUUCCAUAUUCUCUUUCUCAGAUUCGACCAGAUAAAUAUGGAGACAAUAUGAGCUGCCUAAGCAUCGACUGCUGUGUAAACCCCUUCACUAUAGAUGUAAUAAGAAAAUACAAUGAGAUUUUUAAUUUUAUGUUAGAAGAUGUAUGCUUGAAUAUAGAGAAGAAUAUAAUGAAAGACAAAGAAAGGAUCUGCCGGGAUUUUAAAAUGUUGAGUAACAUGAAGUGCAAAGGUGAGAAGCCUUUUUUAUUAUGUAUAAAUAAGAAUGUGCUUAAGAAAAAUAUUUUGCUAGAAGAAGAAAAAAAAUUAGAAAAGCUUAAAAAAGAGUAUGAAGAAAAAAAUGAAACAAGUAAAGAUGUGGAUAAUGUAUUAAAGAAAAGUAAAAUUGAAACAGAAAUAAAAACAAAUAAUCAAGAAGAAAAAAAUAAAUCAAAUAUACAAAUAUUAGAUGAUAAUAAUAUUAAAGAGGAUAUUAUAGAAAAUUAUAAGAAAGAUGGAAGGAAGAAUAAAUAUUUUAUAUAUCAUCAAGGUUCUAUAAAUAUGUCAUCCCUUUUUAAAAUAAAGGAAUAUAAAAAUACACCCAUUUCACUUAACUUACCUGAUAAAUUAAAGGUUGUAGUAUAUACAGAUAAUUAUGUAAAUAAAAAAGAUAUUGAUAUAACUGUUCAAACAGAAAGAAAAGUUAUUGAAAUAAAAUUUAAUAAUAAGGAAAAGGAUUUAACUAUUAAUUUACCUUAUCCAUGUGAUGAAAAGGAUUAUUCUUGUGUUUUAUAUAUGGAAAAAAAAAAAAUCGAAAUAUAUUUGACAUUGCAUAAUGAAUAUAUUACAAGGUAUGCUCAAGAGAUUUAUGAUAAAUAUAUUUCUGAGGAGAAAGAUGCCUUUGGUUAUAUUGAUGAGGUUGUUGAGCAGUAUGAAAAAAAUGAAAAUGAAAAUGAAAAUGAAAAUAAAAAUGAAAAUAAAAAUGAAAAUGAAAAUAAAAAUGAAAAUGAAAAUAAAAAUAUUGAAGAACAAUUUAAAAUGAUAGAAGAGAAUAAAAAUAUUGAAGAACAAUUUAAAGUGAUAGAAGAGAAUAAAAAUGUUGAAGAACAAUUUAAAGUGAUAGGAGACAAUAAAAAUAUUGAAGAACAAUUUAAAGUGAUAGAAGACAAUAAAAAUGUUGAAGAACAAUUUAAAGUGAUAGACAUAAAUAAUGAACAUAAUAAAGAAUCGUUAAAGCAUAACGACCACUGUGAGAACAUUAAUAAUGUUUGUGAACAAAUUGAUGAUAAUAAAUAUGAGAUUUAUGAUUCUUCUUUACAAACUAGUGAAUGUAUACUUAAAGAAGGAGACCAAAUAAAUGUGAACAAAAGAGACAAUAAAUUAAAACUUAGGGAUAAUAAAAAGGAUGUAUUCAAUUUUGAACUACAGGAAAAGGUGAAUCAUGAGAAUGUAUUUCCUAAUCGAAGCCUAAAUAGAAGUAAUAAUUUAUUAAAUUUUAAAGAGAAAGAUAUAAGAACCGAUUUGAAUAUACAAUUAAUAAACGAAUCACCUAUAGUGGUUGAAAAAUCGAAUGAUAAAGAAAAAAUAUUUGCACAAGUAAAUGAUGACAAUUCAUAUAUAAAUAAGUCGUUUGGAUUGGAAGAAAAUUAUAAAAAAGAAAAGAAACAUAUAAGUGAGCGCGAUUUUUUGAGUGACACUUAUAUUAUAUAUGAAGGUGGAGAUGCAGGAAUGAUUUUGUCUAGUAUGAUAUGGUAUACAUAUAUAUAA